AUGGCGAACGAAAACAACACGGGCGGCCAUCGAGCACCGUUGCCGACGCCUGGUACAUCGACAUCGACUUCGACCUCGACCUCGUCCAACAAGAAGACGGUCAUCAUCGGGUCAGUACCACUUGGGGUUCAUCUCCCCGACUCGGUGGUACCGAACGGCGCGCUGCAGGACCCGCUGUCUGCCCGCCUGCGCCCGCCUGCGCCCGCUGCCGCAACAUGCGCAUGAUGACGCUCUUGGCGCUGUUGCCCGGCCAAUCGCGGGCGGCGGCCGAGCCACGGCAAAUAGCACCGGUGCAAAGGCUGCAGGGUGAAUACCCGUACUCGGGCACGUUGCUGACCCUCAUCUGGUCGGGACCGAUCACAGGGAAUACGAGGUCAUCUCGACACUUGGACAUGGCUCGUUCGGCAAGGUCAAGCGUACGUACAAGUCGACCGAGCCUCACGCGCAAUCAGCCCAAGUUGCUGGCCGAGCGACGGCGGUGGGGUGAUCUCCUUGGUGAUUCAUAGGAUCCUGACAAUGCGUCCAUGUACGCCCUCAAACAGUGGCCAAACACACCGCGACCGGACUCAAGGUCGCCAUGAAGUUCAUCUCCAAGCGCAAGAUCUCGACCGCCGAGAUGUCCUCGCGCGUACAUCGAGAGGUCGGUCCUCGCUGCGCACCAAUCGUGCACACGAUGUCAUGGCUGAACAGCAGCAAUUGAAAUUCCGACAGAUCCAAUACCUCAGUCUGCUGCGACAUCCUCACAUCAUCAAGCUGUACGUCCCCUCCGCCACUCGGCUUCCUCGCAAUCGGCCCACGAGAACCUAUCUCUACAGCCGUGCCCAACGACAAGCCCUGACACGACAAGACACCAUCCCUCACUUUGCAGAUACGACGUGAUUGCCGCUCCCAACGAUAUCGUCAUGGUCAUCGAGUACCUCUCGGGCGAGUUGUUCGACUACAUCGUGCGCCGCGGCAAGAUGCCCGAGGACGAGGCCCGCCGGUUCUUCCAACAGAUCAUGAGCGCACUCGACUAUUGCCAUUCACACAAUAUCGUGCAUCGCGACUUGAAACCCGAAAAGUCGGUACCGUGAUUGCGGGUGAUCUUGGGGACGCAUUGCGAGCGCGCUGACACCCCGGGGCCGUUGAUUCCACCACAGCCUGCUAUUGGACGAACAUCUCAACGUCAAGAUUGCCGACUUUGGUCUGAGCAACAUCAUACGAGACGGUGACUUUCUCAAGACGUCGUGCGGUAGCCCCAACUAUGCCGCCCCUGAAGUCAUCUCGGGAAAGUGAGUUUGCGUAAUCUCCGUGUAAGGUCGGUCACCUCCAUCCUGACGCAGCUAGCUGACGUCCUCCUAUCCGGGCAAUCGUAGACUUUAUGCUGGUCCCGAGAUCGACAUCUGGUCGUGCGGUGUCAUCCUCUACGUCAUGCUCUGCGGUCGAUUACCUUUCGACGAUGACCACAUCCCGUUGCUGUUCAAAAAGAUCAACGGUAGGUCACCCGCAGUUUGGGAACGUGCCCCUCGUCGGUACUGAUCAAACGGUUCCCUCUGUUCACUCUCCAGGCGGCAUAUUUUCCCUUCCACCUUUCCUAUCAUCGGACGCCCGCAGCUUACUAUCACGCAUGCUCCUCGUCGACUCGAACAAGCGCAUCAAGUUGCACGAGAUUCGACAAUUACCGUGGUUCCAAAAGGACCUUGCGCCCUAUCUAUUUGCACCUUCGACAACAGCGAUGCCGCCUCCGAAUGACGACGAUAACGAUGAGCCUCAAUCUCCGGGAGUCUGGCAGCCCGAGGCACCUGUAGCGGGCGAGCAAUCGAGGCGACGGGAAUGGGUCGAGGGACUCGGAAUCGUCGACCAAGAGAUUGUGGAUGCUUUGUGCGAAAAGAUCGCGGGACUCAAUCCGGACGAUGUUUGGGUCAAGUUGCAGGACGGGAAGGAUAGGGAGUUGCGGAUCGCCUAUCAGCUUUGCAGGGACAAUAAGAGGAUGGUGGAAGGAUGUGAGUCGCGACGGUUGGUUUUGCGAUCGAACCCAGGCUGACGCGUUUUGUCUUCCCUCCGUUUCAGCUCACUACGAUGAUUCGGAAGCGAUUCAGACUUUUAUCUCACCCCCGGGCAUGGUGAGCGGGCCCCCUCUUUUGACCCUGCCUAGGCCAAAUCGGUCACUGACUUGGCUUUCACCUUCGCUCGAUCGCAGGCCAAUCAGCGACAACCCACCAUCCGGAAGAAGCCGACACUCAAAGACGAAAAGAAGGACGAAGUCACCCCGAAACCGGCCCCACCCGUCCGAAGCAGCGAGAUCCGCGUGCUCGAGACGUCGAUACGACGACCGCUCGAAGAGACCGAAGGGCGCCAACUCGCAGAUACACGGCCCUCUCGGCCGCUAGCGAGCACGCGCUUGUCGUCACCUCUCAAACCAAUGACGCAGCCUUUGACGCCAACUGAACGAUCGGGCGCGCCCGUCCCCCCCGUCACGCCUGCACCCACCGGUCCGACGACAAGGCGGCUGCGACAACGGUGGCACUUCGGCAUCCGUUCGCGAAGUGAGCCGAUGGAGGUCAUGCUUGAGAUUUAUAGAACGCUCAAGGCGCUCAAGAUGGAGUGGAAACCCAAGGGUGCGCAUGCGGCUCAGUUGGCGGCAGCGGCGAAGGGGGAGCAGCAGAAGCAGCUGGAAGGAGGCGAGCCGGGUGCACCGAAGGGCUCGCACGGAUCCCAUGCGGUUGAGAAGGGCAGCAAUGGGAGCAAGGAAGGGCAUUCGAGCGGUGCGACGCACGAUGAGGAAGACCCUAAGAAGCGACGUCGGCGCGAAGAGGAAGAGAGGGUCAAGAAGGCGCAGGAGCUGUACUUUGUUGAGACGCGCUGUCGCAUGGACGACGUCAUGGUCCGCAUGGACCUGCAACUUUACCGCAUUGAUGAACAGAACUACCUCGUCGACUUUAGGAACCUCGGUUAUCGACCCAUCCCCAAGUCGUCGCGAAGCUCGAUCGCAACUCCACCCGGUGGGGGACUCGGAUCCAUUCGACAACAUCCGAGUGACGCCAGUGGAGCAACGUCGACCGAACCUGCGAGUGGAGUGACGUCUACUUCGAGUCCGUUCGGUUCCUUGCCUCCGAAUACGGCCGAUGAGAUCCGAGCGCGUAAACCGGAGCAGUUCCCGACGCCCAACAAGCGCAACGUCGGGGCCGAAGUCUCGAGCCCGUACCUGUUCCUCGAAUGCGCGGUCAGAUUGAUCGUCGAACUGGCUUCCCCUGCCGGAUCAGAGGCGGCUUGA